GGCAGAGCUGCACUGAGGACGGGACGGGACACAAGGCGGAGAUCAGAUCACUGAAAGUUUGGAGGAAGAUCAUCACCGUCUCCUGCUGAAGACAACAGAUCGUCCUAAUUCUGUUCCUGAAGAGGUCCGAGGGUUUCACAACAACGCAUGAGCGACAGAGAGAUUUUAAAAUGGAAAUGGAACUUUUUCUCCAGACAAACGCAUGGAACAUUAUUUCUACAGCAGCAUCUGGGAUGACGCUGCUCUAGGAUUGACCUUUAAACUCCAUCGCUACGUUCUUAUAACUUUAAAAACUCCACAUUAUGGACUUCUCAGGUUCUUUGCCGCCACCCUCCCCAUUCCCCUUCCCCAUCACCACCAAUGUCUCUUUACCUUCCCCGUCUCCCUCCCUCUCUCCAUCACCCAGCCUGGCAUCCACCGCUCUCUUCUGCUCCCUCCUCUCCCUCCUCUCCUUGCUGGGCAUCACAGGAAACCUGUACACGUUGGGCCUCCUUCUGAGGCGCAGGAGGAGCAGGAGAAGACGCGGAGCAGGGCCAACCUGCUGCCUGAUGAGAGUGCCUGUACCGUUCUGCCUUGCCAACGCCUCCUCCCCCUCCACCUCCCCCAUCUCCUCUUCUUCUUCCUCCUCCUCCUCUCUUCACCUCCAGGUGCUGAGCCUCGCUCUUGCCGACCUGCUCUACCUUUUCACCGCCCCCUUCAUCGUGUACGACAGCCUGGCGUCUGGCUGGGCCUUUGGUGAGCUGGGCUGCCGCCUCCUCCUGAGCCUGGACCUCCUAACCAUGCACGCCUCCAUCUUCACUCUCACCGCUAUGAGUCUGGAUCGCUACCGGGCUGUGGCUCACCCCUUGCACACCUCCUCCUCCAACUCCUCCGGCCUGCUGCGUGUGGGCCUGGCCUGGGGGCUGGCGGUGGCUCUGAGUCUGCCCAUGAUGAUCACCCUGCACCUGGAGGAUGGGGAAAACCAGGAGGGCCAGCUGUGUGUGCCGGCGUGGGACGAGCAGAGCUCCAAAGCCUAUCUGAGUGUGCUGUUCUGCACCAGCAUCCUUGGUCCCGGGCUGGCCAUCGGAGCCCUUUAUGCCACCCUGGGCCGGCUGUACUGGGUGUCUCAGACCAGGCCGGCCUGGGCCACUGCGAGCAGCACUGCUUGUCCUCCCCGUGCUCCCAAACCCAAAGUCCUGCUCCUCAUCCUGGGUAUCGUUCUGGCCUUUUGGGCCUGUUUUCUCCCUUUCUGGAUCUGGCAGCUGCUGCCCCUGUACCAGCCCGACAUGCUGCGGACAGUACCGGUGGGGACGCAGGUGACAGUGAAUCGCAUCCUAACAGGGCUGACCUAUGGGAACUCUUGUGUGAAUCCGUUCUUCUACACACUAUUGACUGGAAAGCGAAGACGCAACAGGCAGACGCUGACAUCAGCAAAUCAGCUCUGCCGCAAGAGCAGUCCACUGCAGUAGUGUCAUGUCUGUCAGUGACUCAGUCCACGGCAGAGACGAUAAUGUGAGUGUGUAUGUGUGUUCAACAGUAUGCAAAUUUAUGAAAAGGUAAUGUACACAAACGCUUCAUGAAUUCAUCAAUUAGUUGAUUUAGAAUUGGCCAAGGAAACAAUGAUACUAAGCAAAUGAUAGCACUUUGUAAAAUGCUUUGUCAAAAGAAAUAAAUAUUCUAUUAAGAGAUUAAAUGUUAAUUAUAAUUUGUUUUGUUGCCAGUGCAUAAUUGCUUUAUGAGUGGACAAUAUUUCCUAUUUGGAGAUUAGAUGUUAAUAAUAUUUGGGUUUUACCAGCAAAAGACGACAAUCUCGUGUCACCUUUAUUUUCAAAAACAUUAGUGUUCAUCACAAAUAACGUCUCAACUUGCUGUAAACUCUCAAGUUUAUAAUUUGGUUUGAAAUGUUUUAUUGAGAUUAUAUUUGUGACUAUGUAAACGUCACCUUUAACAUAAUUUAACCCAAACUGACAGAUCUAAGCAUGGAGAGAUUUGUUGUCCUUCAAGCAAAUCGGUGCUACAAAAUAUAAAGAGGACAGAUUAUGUCAUAUGUUGCACAUGCACAAGCAUUUCCAGUAAAACCCUGACGCACUUCUGCUCAUUUUCAGAGAACAAUCAGAGAAUAAAAGGAAUAUUAGCUUUUGAAUGACUGGUUGCAACUGGUGAGGAUCUUGUUGAGACAUUUUUCUCAGACACUGUUUGUGGACACAUGUUGGAGCAGGUCAACAGUCUUUGUUUGCUUCCCCUGAAGCCUGACUCUUAAAAAACAAUUUCAGUUUUUAUUAUCACGACAUGCAUGUUGGGUUUGCCAGUGAGGUUGUUAUUAUGAAUCGUGUUAUACAUGGCCUCGCCUUGUGUUGAUUGUAACUGAUGUUUAUAAUGAUGAAUAAUAUACAGCCUUG